AAAUAAUGAAUUAGUAAACGCACCACGUAAAAAGCUUCAUCGAGCAUCUUCUUCAAUAAAUGUCUGUUUUCCUCGAUCCUAACUCUCACUGGAAAACUAGUACCUGAACUUGGAUUGAAUCAUGGGCGGUGGUGGAGAUUGUAGUGAGGCUUCUUCUACCUCCUCCUCUUCUUUCUCUCUUCUUCAAGAAGAAGAAGUAUUGUUGGAUCAAAAUUUGGAUGACCCAAUUCAAUUCUCAUCACCAAAUGACAAUACCCAAAGUGAUGAUAUGGGUGUUAAAGAAGGGGAUGGACUGGAUUUCUGUCUGGGUUCUUCUGGUUCUUUGAGUUCUUAUGAUUUUGAGAUUCUAAAGAUGAGAAGAUUCAAAGCUUACCAACAAAUCAUGGAGAAUUACAAUAAUUUACAGGACCAAAUUGGAGGUUUGAAAGAAGCCAAAGAUAAAAUUAUUAGCUACAAACCUGGAGCUUGGGUUGAAGAGGUUGCUGGUUUGGAAGUGAGUGAUUAUGAUAUACCAAAGACAACGACCCUUAUGUUAAUUGGCCCAAAGGGAUCCGGAAAGAGUAGCCUUGUGAAUAGAAUUUCGAGAGCCAUUGGGGAGAACAAGUUUACAUCGGAGAGGGCUCAAGUAUCAUAUAAUUCAUCGGUUGGAGAUGGGACCUAUUUUCUUCACGAAUAUAUGGUACCCAGAGGUUCCACUUCUUUUUGUUUGUAUGACACGCGGAGUUUAUCAGAAGAUUCAUGUGACAAUUCUGAAAUGCUUAAAAAUUGGAUGAUCAAUGGUGUUCAUCACGGCCAACUAGUUAUCAGGGAUUCGGAUGCUUCAAGUGUGAAGGAGAAAUUGAACCACAAAGCACGUGGUUCAGGCUGGUUUUAUGGAGUGAGGAGGAGGGUUGGCUUCUUUAUUUUUGUUGUCAAUGGACUUGCAGUUCUGAAAUCUAUGGAAGAUGAAGAUAACAAGAAGUACACAGACAUGCUUGCAAAGACUUUCAGCUGCCCUUAUUUGUCAUUUAAAGAUGAUAAACCUGUUGUUGUGAUCACACAUGGAGAUUUUCUGUCACAUUCUAACCGUGCUCGUAUACGCGUGCAUUUGGGAGAGUUGCUUGGCAUUCCACCGGAUACACAAAUUUUCGACAUUCCAGAUAACUGUGAUCCAUCUACUGAAUUAGCAAUAGCAGACAUGUUAAGAUAUUCCCUUGAGCGUGCUGAUAGAAAUCUUCCUCAGAAACGCAAGGUUCCAGAAAUAUUUAUAUUUAUCAUCAUGGUGUGUGUGUUGUGCAUCUGUUUAUUCUAUAAAUGGAAAGUUAUCAUUCUAUCGAAGGACAAAAUAGUUCGGAAUGCAGAGCACUAUUCCAGUUAUAGCUCAGAUUUUUUGAAGGCGAUGCGUUACUGGAUGUUUAAAAGAGAAGCUCACAGAAACUGGCACACAAUGAGGCACCUCUGGUAAGGACAAACACAAAUUUAAGCUGGAGACUGGAGAACAUUAAUAAUCUCUGUUGAGGCGGAGGCAUCUGGUAUGAGAAUUUAGCUGGAGUGGUUCACCAACAAGGACAAAUUACUAGAAAUUACAGGAACUGCUGCCCUAUGUGCUAGUGAUGAAAAGUAAAAUUUUCUCUUGGGUUUUUUCUUCAGCAACUGCCUUACGAUGAAGCCAAAGGGGAGAAAGCUGAUAGUGUCCACACUAAUUAAUGAAGCAUGAUAAUUCUGCAAACAGCAUUGCAUGACCUCCCUUGUUCUGCUAGACAAUGAUAAUUCUCCUAAUGCAACAAUGUUAGGCAUAGUUGCAGGCUUGAUGUAUACCUUGUUGAGAAAGCACAGGCAGUCUUACAAUUAGCAUGAUAUAUCUCUAAUUGUAUAAUUCAAAACUGGCAGCACCACUGGUUGAACAGAAAAUGUAAAAACAGUGAAUGAAAACCGUUCUGAUAAAGCCGAAGCAGAUAUGGAACUGAAAACUUCUAUUU